UAAGGCACACUAUGACAAAAAUAAGUUCAUAGUAAAUAACAUUAAUUCCUUCUUGAGCUAAAAAAUAGUUGUGUCAUUCAAAGAUUCUUGUCUUAUUUUGAAAUACGUGGAUGAUUAUCAGGUUUAGGAGUUUCAACAUGGAUCCAUACGUAAUUCUGCCCGAGGAGGAGUACCCCACUCUACUGGAGGAACUGAAAAAACAGCUGCCAGCCUCACUAAUGGCUUAUUAUCCAUUGAUGCUAUCCCAAAAGAAUCUGUUCAAAAAAUUCAAGUUCGUCCUCGUCGAUGAAUGGCCACAGUUUAAUUGCAUUUUAGAGGUGGAGAACCUGCCUGAAGACCUAUCCCCACACCGAGUGUACGGUUACUGUAGACGAGAGGAGUUCUGUGUUGUUCUAAAUCAGAUGAUUUCUCAGCGCCUUCAGAAAUCAACAUCCAGCAUACUCCUUUUUGGGGGGCCAAGGCGGAUGAAGGAAAUAUUAUCUAUGUCAGGAGAUGAAGAUGCUCACAGCGCCACAGUUUCUACAUUAAAGUGCUAUGGAUCUAAGAAAAUACAAGAUACCAAACCGUCAUGGGCUGGAGGUUUUGAUACAUUUAGAGUUUCCAAACACACCUUAAAGAAAAUUGAAGUUCCCUCACCGUUUAUCGCCACAACCAUCAAGAGAGAAUACAUGGACUUGAUUCUAAGCCAAUGGCAGUACACAGGUAGUUAUUGUGACGCCAAAGAAUUCUUCACACAUACAGCCACCACUUUUGAAUCCGUGUGCAUCCUCAACGAAUCAGGAGAACCAGUGGCCUGGGGUUUUGAACAACAUUACGGAGCUAUCGGGAUGAUUCACGUAUUACCAGAGUAUCGGAGGAGGAAACUCGGAAGUGCUGUUGUUUCCCUUCUCUCGGAGAAAAUUCUGAGGAAAGAUGACUUUGUGUACUCGGCUAUUGAGACAGGAAAUACAAAGUCAAUUAUAUUGCAUAAACAACUUGGGUAUGAAGAAGUUGAAGUUUAUCCCGAAUGUAUUUUUACCUGGUUCUAUUACGAGAAUGAAAAGAAAAGAGUGGACGAAUCUAUUCAGUAA